AUGAGUUAUCAGUCGAAUCCCCUCAUGUUCAAUGAGGAUGGGUUUGAUACUCCAUUGGGAGAGAAUGUGACUUAUAACUCAGCCAAAAAUUAUUACAAAAACUGUUAUCUUUCUUUGAAAUCGCAAAAAACUAUUUUUCAAAAUCUUCAACCAGAGUUAAACACUCUCAAGCCGAAGAAUCAAUCAGAUAAAUCAGCACUCAUGCAUUUCAAAGCCAUACUUCCAACAGUCAUAAACUUAACAUAUGCCCAAGUUUUUGUUUAUUAUCCUUUUGCAAUUCCAGAAAUCAGUUCAAUCAUGACUCCAGAUCUAUCACCAGAAAUUGAGCGAUUCGCAACGAAACUUCUCAACUGCUUUUUGGCUUUGAUUAGAUUCGAAAACAGAUUAACUACAAUCGGAACUCAAUAUUCUGAGAGUUAUCCAACCGGACAAGCCACAUUUGGUGAUCCUACUAGUGUUAUUAAUGAUCUUAACAUCCAGCAAAACUGUGUAAUGUGUCAAAUUUGCGAAAAUUUAGUACCUGCAAAUCUGAUUAAACAACACUCAAAAGUUUGCGAGAUAGUAUAUAAAACUUCAUUAGAGCUUAUGUCUACAGACGAAAGAUUAAAGGAACUUAUUCAGUCGGAAGAGAAAAAUUCUUUAAUGAUCCCUUGGCCAUCGACACAAGAGGAGGCGAUCAAUCAUAUCAUCCCUACAGUUCAGGUUAUAUCACUUAUUAAGUACGUAAUUAAAGUAGAAACAAAUUCAUACGAUGCUCCUACAUUAAUUCAAGGAGUGCUUGAAAGAUUAACAGAUAUUAAUAACGUUAUUGAAGAUAUGAACGCUAAAAUCUUAAUUGCCAACGCACAACGUUUAAUUGGUCGCAAACUUAAAGAUGCUCAGAAAUACGUACAUGCAAUGGAUAUUGCACAAAGAACAAGGCUUACAAAAUCAAAUGUCGAGCCAAAGUUCUGUGUAAAUAUCUCAGAAUUCAAAUUUGUUAAGAGAAUUUCGAAUGGAGCUUUCGCAAGAGUUUUCUUAGCCACAAAAGAUAAAUUAAAGAGUCCUGUAGCAAUUAAAGUCAUCCCUCGUAGAAACGUUCGCGGAAAAGGCUCUACAAACAGAUUAUUAACAGAGAAAAACAUUAUGCUUCAUUUUAAUUCACCGUAUACGAUCAGAUUCUUCUAUUCAACCAUUGGAAAGCACAAUCUUUACAUGGUCAUGGAGUAUCUUCCAGGAGGAGACUUAUUUUCUUUACUUGAGAAAUUUGGCUGCUUCCCAGAAGAUGUCGCAAGAAAUUACACCGCGCAAAUUGUUGCUGCUUUAGAAUAUUUACGCCAAAACAACGUAAUUCAUCGCGAUCUUAAGCCAGAUAAUAUUUUACUAGAUUCUGCCGGCCAUUUGAAGCUUGUUGACUUCGGACUGUCAUAUUUCGGUGUAGUCGGCAGACAGACAGAUACACAUGAGUCUACGGCCCUCGGAACUCCAGAUUAUAUCGCACCGGAGAUUAUUACACUCGAAAACCACUCAUACCAAGCAGAUUAUUGGUCUCUUGGUGCCAUGCUUUACGAAUUCAUUACAGGAGUUGCUCCUUUCCACGAUAAUACCCCUCAAGAAAUUUUUUCAAAUGUUUUAUGCGGAUCCAUCAAUUUCAAGGAGCUUGAAGAGAUGAACGCGAGCAAGGACUGCAUAGACUUCAUCCAGAAGCUGCUUGUAAGCGAUCCGAAGAAGAGAUUAGGAGCUGAAUCAAUUGACGAAAUAAAACAUCAUCCGUGGUUCAACGGUAUCGAUUGGGAUAAUCUGGACAAGAUGGAGCCACCGUUUAUUCCUGAUGUAAAGGAUAUUUUUGACACAUCGAAUUUCGAAGUCAAACAUAUCUUAAAUAUGACAGAUGACAGCGACAUCAUUGAAGAUAUCAGGUUGGGAACUGAUAUGCUUGAAAUUGCUGAAGGAAACUUCGAUUCCCAGUUCAUUUCAAAAUCAAUGAGCGUUUUGAAGGACGCAACCAUUGAAGAAGCAGCUCUUGUUGGUGGAGAAGUCAAACAGAUCCAGAUACAACCUGCCCACGUCAUUGCGCCCGUCCAAAGAAGAAUUAAAAGAACAAAUUCGUUCCACAUGAGGGAUAUAGUGAGAACUAACUCAAUGUGCGGUGCACAGUCACUCGAUGUAUAG